AUGGCUCAAGUGUUCUACAGUGCAGACGAGAAGGCGAGGAAAAAACGCGCUAGUCGCCCUAAAGUGCGCACUGGUUGCGUGACUUGCAAACACCGCCGAAAAUGCGAGUAUUAUGAGACCCCAGACCGACGAACUCGGGCCUCGCGUCUGGUGAACAACGUGGCGCCUGAAGGCGCGGUAGCGUUGGUUUCCCGGGUGCCCGCGCAUCAAGUGGACCUCACCACACAGGAACAAUAUUUUCUGGACUUUUUUCGACGAAGUACCUCAUUCCAAUGUGCAGGCUACUUCUACGAUGAGUUCUGGCAACGAUUGGUCCACCAGGCCAGUGAAGACCAACCCGCCAUCCGUCACGCCGUCAUUGGUAUGGGUUCCAUGAACUAUCAUUUUGUCCGAUCAAGGGCUGGUCCUAGCCCCUGUGAUCAGCAGUUUUCUCUGCGACAAAUCAACAAAGCAAUUCAUUCUUUACAACACAAUUUAAUCAAAGAGGGGAUGGGUCGUCUACGAGUGGAAACUGUCUUGGUUGCUUGUGUCGUGCUGGUCUCGACCCUGCUUUUCCAAGAAGAUGCUGUCUCGGCUGGUCUACACCUCCGCUCCGGUUAUAAACUGUUGGAGCAAUACUUGAUGGAGAAUGGCAACAAGAGUGAUGUCGCUGCAACGCUCACUAGGGCUUUUGCCGGUGUCCAUAUGGUCUGGUCCUCCUUUAAUAGUAAUGGGGCCCUCACUGGCGACCAACUGCCGAUCCCUCUCUUGCUUCCUCCACAGGCAGCUGCCACCGAUGAAAUCCAGAGGGCAAAUGACUUGAUCGUCACGCUGGUGCGAAUACUCUCGUAUCAAAAUAAUGCUCACAGAUCCAGCAUCGAAUCGAUUGGCCCGACAGCUGAAGUAGACCCAGCUGAUUUCGUUGGCAAGCUUCUAGGGCUGCAGGGCCAACUAAGAGCAUACCGUGAUAUUCAUAAACAUCAUUUAAUCCAACGAGACUUGAACGCACUGACCAUCCUUGAGUUGUGGGCCGAACUUCUUCCAAUUAUAGCAAUGGUUGAGACUGGGCCAGGACCGAGAGAGAUGCAAUAUGACAACUUCCUGGAGCACUUUCAGAGGAUCCUUCAGUUGGCCGAAUCGGUCCUGAUGUCCGACAAUAUUGAUGCACCCACAUUCUCGGUCAACUUGGGGGUCAUCCCACCCCUGUGUCUUCUCGCUUUUAAAUGUCGCGACCACUUUGUUCGACAAGAGGCGCUCUCCCUUCUCCGUCGUUCCCGCCGACAAGAAGGAAUCUGGUCAACAGGAUUGACAGCCUUUGUGGUACAGCGGGUUUACGAGAUUGAAUGUGCAGGCCUUUGGCCGGGAGAUCUGAUCCCCAACACAUCUCGCAUCAGAUGCAUGCAUGUCGACGUGAGGCCCGCUGAAUCUCGACUAUGCAUCCUAUAUCAUACGGCUCGGGCGUGCCAAGGAGAUGAUUGCAGACAUCUUGACUCGUGGGAAAGCGAAUGGCUGGCAUAUAAAUUCGGUCAUUCGUAA